AUGGAAGCCGUCGACGACGUUCCGAGAGGCUACAGGUUCCUUCCCACGGCGGAGGAACUGGUUGACUACCUCGUCAGGUGGAUCAACAACGAAACACCCCUCCCUUGCCGCGCCCUCGAAUUCGCCGACGUCUACGGAACCGAGCCGUGGCAUCUUCUCGGCAACAAUCGGCAGGAGGGCUAUUUCUUUACGGAGCGCAAGCCCAAGUACAGCACUAGUUUGUGCGUGAAUCGAAAGGCCGGCGAAGGUUCUUGGCGUGCGUAUAAGAAGGAAAAACUCGUCGACUACAUCGUCGACGGGUACAUAGCAAGGGUGCAAAAGACCCGCCUUUCCUUCAACGAUGGCCGGCGGAAGAACUCCGGGUGGACGAUGUACGAAUAUGCGAUGUGUUCUUCCGACGGCGGCUUCGAGAGACGAGUUCUCUGUCACGUCAAGAAGAGCUCACAGAACUCGAAGAAUCAGGCCUCCGUACUGGCGGCUUCUGACGGUGGAGGUGACCUUGGGAUAACCACGGAAAUGAUUGAAGCCGCACGGAUCUCGUCGUCGUCGUCGGUCGAUCAUGGCGGUGAGCAGAUGCACUGCCCCCUCGAUCACUCGUUCAAGAAGAGCCUGGAAGAGGUCGAAACCUUCUUGAUGUCCGAUGACACCAUCCCCCCCAACUCCUCAACUGCGGUCACGAGGCUGGAAGAGUACGAAGCCUUCUUGACGUCCGAUGACACCUGA